CCACCAUAUUAUGAUACGACUCCGUGGGAUGUGCUUGGAGCCCGCGUGAACUUCGCCCAUCAAAAGCCGCUCCUGGCGGACUAGGACUAGGCUUGGGCCCGGAGGCAUCACCGUACGGAUCCUUGGCCUCUCUAAAUAUUUAAUGAGGAGAAAACAGGGGAGAAACCAGGGGAGACAGGAGAUUUUGGCUGCCUUCCUCCUUAAUCAUAAACUAGUUGAUCAUCUUAUUGAGGAUCUUGCCAACCCUACCCAAGUUCCACGUUGCAUGGGCACAUUAAUCCUCCUGAUUUCGGCUGCCAACGGAUGUGGCGCCUCUAGGUUGCAUACAAUGCUGACCACCCGACUUCAACAAUCUACCUUGCUGUGGCAAAGUAUACGCGAUCUGUUAGCUUUGCCAAAUCGAGACUUGCUUUCAUUACGCGCCACUUAUUGUUUGGUAUGCGAAAUGUCUAUCCUGAGUCCUAAGCUGCUGUGCCACAGCUACUCUCUUGGCAUAAUUCUGUGUAUUUUAAAGUCUAUGCGCAAUAAAUCAGCUCUCCUCGAAGCAGCGCAUCAAACACUGGUUGCAUUUGUUAAGUGCGCAGUAAUUACCACAGGGACGCUAAAAAAGGAACUCAAUGACUUCUUAACUAUGGUAUUUUGCGAGGACACAGUACAGUGUGAUUGCUACCCUCGAGUAGCUAUUGGACUCGUGUCCGCUCUGCGUGGUAGUAAUAAUAUUGGAAUAUGCAAGUGCCAAUCGUCAUCCGUUUUGAAACUUCUCUUGUCCCAGACUCAUUUCAGACAGGCGUUUGCAAUCAGACUAGCUCUUGGCGAAAUAUGUCAUACAAGCACAAGUUACACGGCCAUUGAUAGCAGAGUCUUGGUGCCACUUAUAUGGAUGUUGUUUCAUUCAGAUCAACUAGUUGUGAAAAUGGUUGCGACGAGCAUAAAAGCCCUGCUUGAUACACUAGUCGAUUUGACUCACAGGAGUACUGUACCUGACCUCAUAAGUGGGGGGGGGGUGCCAAUCCUGUGGAUGGCGAGACAUGACCCUACCGACGACCCUACCGGAUACUAUCGCUGUUGCUCCCCAAGAUCAUUAGUAUCACAAAUUCUAGAUUGCCUCCAAUGCACGCUGAAUGGCAGAAAACACCCACAUUUCAUGUUCCAAAGGGAGCAGGUAAGCAGACUUUUUGUUUGCACAAAGAUUGUCCAAUUUGAUUCACAGGCGACAAAAUGGUCAUGCAAAAACACAAAUAUCGCCCUGACUUUAUUAUUGAUAUCUUCUAGCACGCCGGUGUUGCUCGACACACUUAGACAGUUGUCGAACAGCCUCUCUAGUGAUGUACAGGUUAUCCGUGUUCUUUGCAGAUUGUUAGUGAUUCUCCCGCAAUUCUCAAACAAUCUAAAUGUGGAUGUACCUAGACCGCAAUUGAAUAGCCUGACAGUGCUUAUCCGAACUGUCCAGCGAGAUACCAAGAUGAUGAUACCACCAUCAAAGCUACUGGAAAAGUUUGAUUUAGAUAUUCCAUCUAUUCUAAAAGGCACUUACCUCAGCCAAGGUGAGGUUUCAGUUCUCUGGGGAAAUUAUGAAAGCUGGGAAUGUUUAAUUUCCCUUGCUUCCUGCCCUCUUGAGCUAAAAGACGCUCGAGAAACAAUAAACAGACUCCAAACGUGCGAAUCAAUCAUUAACUGCGUUAAUUUGUCACCUUGAUGUGUGCAUCGUGAAUCAUAGGCUCUCGCCGAAUUUAGUGCUUGAUGCUCUUAGUAUUGCAUGUUGCCAUCACUUUUGUUUACCGAGACAUGCGUAUUUGACUAUGUUCUCCAAUAGUGGGGGGAAUUGCAAUUCUGCAGCGGAAAUUGUGCUUUCUGCACUCAAGUACGGUGCACCAAAUUUGGCGGUGGGUGCCCAUGGUGCUUAAAUUCUAUGCUGAUUGCAAUUUGUUUUGUUUAGGUCAACAUGUUCAGUACUCUCGUGGAUUCGUGCGGCAAUUCCACUGGCGACGUAUUAUCUGUGUGUACAGCUGCAUUUUUUUUCAUGUGGUUAGCGCAACCACCUUUAAAUAAAACGACACUCUCGGUGCCUGUCCGCACGGGCUAACUGCACAGAGCGACAAUUAUCGAUACCCAUGGUCAGGGUUGAACUCACGAAUUUUGAGCGGACUGUACAAGAAAAGUGCGAGGACCCCGAGCGAAAGGCAUGAAUUCGCCUCCUUGGACUUUGUCCGGCGAUGCGGGCGCACCUGCUCGCGAGUUGUUCUCGUCUGAAUCACGGUGACGAGCGACCGGACUAGUCGUAGCCGUUUUUUUUUUUGUAAACACGACCUGUACUUGCUACGCGCACAGGUCAUUCGAUUUCUAUCUACAGCACUGAGUAAAGCUCAAGCGAAAAAAUCGGACUUCAUUCGACCCAGAGACUCUUCUGAAGCCCCGGAAUGGUGCAAAAAAAUCAUAACCUUGGAAAUUCCUCUACGCGACCGCCCAGUUUUUAUCGCGUUCCCCAUGCUCGCGUACGGCACGGGGCAGCAACCGGGCGCGCGUGGAGGUUCUAGGUACUCGUCUGCGCCAUGCUUAAGACGCGUGCGCCGAAAGGCAGCCAUCUCGGCAGUCUGCUUAGGCAGUCUGCGAGUGCCCGAGAGAUGCUGCUCUCUGCGAGGCCCUAAAUCGGUGCACGACCGCAAACACAGAUCUGCAAAUUGUUACUAGUACUAGUAGAGAAGCGCCC